GCGCAGCCUCGCCAGCUUCGAAAACCAAGUAACACUCAUAUGCCGACCCAGCGAGUCAUCGCCCUAAGGGCCCGUCGACUAGUACUAAAGUGUUAUUAAUGGCAAUCAUGCGCAGUCGUUGCUUUUGCUUUUGUACCUCUUCAGAGUCCUCAUGAGUCUGAGAUAGCUCUUGCCCCGAGCCCUCAUAGUCUAGUCACUCACACUGAACAUUCUCGGCUUGUUCUCCAUACUGCAUCUAGUGCACUGCCUUCCCGCAGCGAAGUCGCUACCACUUGCAACGACCGGCCCCGCAUUUUACCAAUUUCGGGUCAUCCGAGGACCGAACGCGACGUACCGAACACAGCGUUGUGUCAGCAAUCCACUGCGCGCAUACAUCCUUUAUAAGGUCAACGCCUGCCGCGAGACAUGAUAGUCAAAGGAGACGAUUCUGAUUUCAACAAAAUGGUUACACAAAACGAUGGUUUACCUACAUACGACAUGGCUACGGGCCAACCUAGCUCUUCAGGACCAUAUGUCCUUGAAUCAACUGCCCAAGCCAAGGACGUGAAAGUACCCGUCCCACCACAAUAUGCACCUCCCCCUAGUCCAGGGGGUCCCUCGAGGCCACCACUUCAUAUGCCACCGACAAGAGUAUACAAUUACGUCAACCCUAACACGCACGAACAUGUCGCUUCACUUCUACCUCCCGAUCAUCCCCAGAUGGUCUGCUUGCAGGAGGGAAGGCACGUUAGAGAGACGCGGUUCGGGCUUUUAGGUAUACUUGCCGCGGUAUUCUGGUUCCCACUAGGCAUUGGCUUGUGCUUAUUGGACCGGAGAGUCAAGUGCAAGAGAUGUGGACUUGUUAUCGAUGAGGGUUUCUGUUAUUGAGAUCCUCUCUGUCCUUUUUCUCUUUCUCCUUCGUGCUCUAAUGUAUAUCUACUUUCACCUUUUCCAUUCUUUCAAGUAUGUUUUUAUGGACUCUGUGCUUGGGAUUUUUUUUAGUGUACUUUAUAUUGACCAGUAUACCACACUCUUGAUACACCAUCUGUCUACAACCGG